AUGACUGUGCGGUUCAAAACAUCUCUGCUGCUCAUCCCUUUGAGCAUGGUUCUUUUGAGCGAAGGAGGUGGUACUAACUUUCCCAAGGUCACACCGCCGAGGGAUCCUCGCUGGUGCGAUGUUAUUGCCUGCGAGGGUGACGUUGAGUACAGUGAGUAUCCUGGUACUACAUUUAAGCCCAUUGUGGGCUCAGCUAUAUAUUGGGAGAAUUUCCAUCCCAAUGGGACUGGACAUAGGGGCACACGACAUACAGGACUUCCUGUGAGAUCUGGAAGGAAGAUGGGAACGAAUAUAUGGUCUUGGGAUCUUUCAUGGAUGCCUCCUUCAAAUGAUGAAUAG